AGAUGUGCUUAGUAUUACUGUGUGUAUAGUGCCCUCAUAGUUGAGUCCUGGUACCCUGUAGUCGGGGUUGGGAUCCGAGGAGGUACAGGAGUCGCGUAGGCGCGCUUGACCAUGCCGGCCCUUGGAAUUGAGAGAAACUCUGGCCUCCCUUGGGCCGCCACCCCUCGCCCUAUCGAGAAGAACGGGAACCUAGAGUCCCGCCAGCCCUCCGUUGAUAACUCUACUGACCAUAGAAAUGAAGCUGUCGUGAGUAAUGGUAACCACCAUAAUGGUGCCAUCUCCGGAGACCUGAUGAAUGGUCAUUGUAAUGGUUAUCCCCUCAACAAUAAUUCUUAUGGUCAUAGUCUCAACGGCGAUACUUGUGAUAUGAGUGGCUACAAGAAACCUGAUGAUGACAAAUUUUUACCAAACCUCUCAAGGGCUUUGGAGUCUGAUGAUGACCGAGCACCGGCUGUUCGAUUGUCACCUCAAACGCCCUACCUGACCAAACCCUGUCGGAAUGGUGUUUUCUCGCCCUCGUCAACCUCUGAAGAUAAUUCUAUGAUUGUCUCUCCCUGCCUCCCGCCCUAUCCCAAGGACGCGAAAUCUCACAAGUCCAUGCGAAAAACUCCGGCGAGAGACCCACCUAUGUCUGUACAACAAACUAACACUCCUGCUCCUGAAAACGUUGAAAGUGAUGCGGUUCGAAAACGAAUUCCAGUCAAAACCAAGGAUGACACUCGACAAACUGUCGAUGGUGAUGACAUCAAAAUUGACAAGGUUGUUUCGUCUGCGGAUGGCGGUUUGAAACGAAAUUACAUAGACUCAAGUUCCCUUGCCAGCGAGGCGCUUCUCUUUGGGCAAGGCUUGCUAUCUACACGUCCUCGUCUCAGUGACCUUACCAGCUUCCAAAUUUCUUACUCGGGUGUGAGCGAGUCGGCCGGGGCGUGGGGAGAGCUUGGCCACUAUAACAUCUUGCACGUGACCACGAGUGACCCCAGCCAGCACUGGUUCACACGCUACUGUUGCUACCUCGUACACUGCUCCAGACUUAAAGUCAACUUCCCCUACCCUGCCAUCAGCAACCAGGUAAUCUUGGAAGACGACCGCAUCCAGACGGCCGUGGACCAGGUUGUGAACGAGAGCAUCCCUGAGGACCUGCCUGUGGAGAAGCGAGCAGCGUCCUGCAGGUCAUUGAGGACCAUGCAGCUCGCUAGGGCGCACCGCAUCCUUAAUGAUAUGAAGGCUGCCAUCUCUACCACACUCAUCAGAAUAACAGGCUACGUGCUCUUCAAAGUGUUCUCACGACUGCUGAAGUCUGUGGUGGUGCACAAAGGGCAGCUCGAGGCCAUCCAACGCGCUUCCAAGAAGGGCACGCCCCUGAUCUUCGUGCCGCUGCAUCGCUCGCACGUCGACUACCUCUUCGUCACGUGGGUGCUCUUCAACUGCCAGAUCCCCGCGCCCAUCGUCGCUGCCGGCGAAAACCUCAACAUGCCCGUUUUUGGUGCGCUGCUGCGUGGCACAGGCGGCUUCUUCAUCAAGCGGCGGCUGGAGAGCAACAAGGCGCGUCGUGACGUGCUGUACCGCGCGCUGCUGCAGUGCUACAUGAGCCAUUCCCUACACGCGGGGUACAACCUCGAGUUCUUCAUAGAGGGCGGCCGCACUCGCACCGGCAAGCCUGCCAUGCCCAAAGGUGGGCUUCUGAGUGUCAUUCUGGACGCUUAUCUUAGCGGCAUGCUGGACGACGCUAUGAUCGUUCCCAUAGCCAUCAACUACGACAAGCUCGUCGACGGCAACUUCAUCAGGGAGCAGCUCGGCCAGAGCAAGGUGCCGGAGUCAUUUUGGGGCGCCGUGUGCGCGAUCUGUAAAGUGCUUUCGACUAACUACGGCCAGUCGCGCAUUGACUUCGGCGCGCCCUUCAGCCUGAAGGAGUUCGUGCAGCUGAGUCGCAUCCCUGUGGCGCAGCUCGCGGCGAGCGGCACUACGUUGCUCAGUAACUUUGCCGGCGCCGCGAGCAAAGGCCACCACAGAUCGCUGUCUAGUCCCGUGGCUGCGUCCCACCUCACAGUGCAGCGCCCUCCGUCCAUUUCUUCGUUCGCUGCCCCGGCCUCCUCGUCAGACGUCCCCUGUACCACAGACACGCAGCUCCUCCCUGCCAUGAGCAACUCCUCCCUCUUCGGCACGGAGCUCACAGACGAAUUCAGAGAACUCGUCAAGAAGCUUGGACAGCACAUUGUUUUUGACGCUGAACGGUGUCAGGCGAUGAUGUCGAGCAACCUGGUGGCGUGGGUGGUGAGCUUCCAGCACCGCGGGGGUGCGACGCUGCCGCUGCUCAGUGCUGCCGUCCACGACCUCAAGACCCUCCUGCAGCAGCGCGGCCGUGACGUCGGCUUCACCGGCGACUCCGUGGACGUUGUGAAGCACGCAGUUCGUUUACUCGGGCCAUCACUGAUCAGGACGGAAGUGAGGGACGGCGUGACAGUUUACAGUCCCGUCACAUGCCUGCCCAACGUCAUCGAGCUAAACUACUACGCCAACGCCCUGCUGCCUGUCUUCGCCAUCGACGCCAUCAUCGCGGUGAGCCUGCAGAGCAUCCUGGACUGCGAGCUGUGGCCGUACUGCGACACCGAGCCCAGCAUCACCGUCGAACUCGAUAAGUUGAUGAAACGGUCGCUGCGGCUGUGCGAGGUGUUCGCACACGAGUUUGUGCUCUACGCUCCCUGCGGCAAUCUGUCGACGCGCCUUCUGGACGCUGUCGACAGACUCUGCGUUAUUGGCUUCCUCUCCGAGAACAAAAGUCUUAGCAGGAGCCUCAGUCGGCGAUACCAUGGGGCUAGCGCUCACCAAGAUGACUUUGAUAGCUGGCAAGUUACCAACGAGCCAUGUGACGUGGUGGGCAACGAGAAUAAUAUGUUGUACACGGUCGUGUAUAACGUCUUGCCCACCACGGCCACUCUGAGCUGCCUCACCACCUUCUCCAACAUGCUCACGCCUCUGCUAGACGCUUACUGCAGCACCGUGGAAACUCUGCAGGCCAUCGUCGGAACUAAAAUCCCUGAAAAGGAACUGGUUGCUAAAACCCAGCUCUUGGUCCGAGAAAGACUUGCUGAUGAAUCGAUCAAAUUUGGUGAAUGCAUUGCCGCGGACCCUAUCAAAAACUGCAUCAAGAUGCUGGAGAGUGAGCAAGUGCUGCAGUCUAGUCAACAAGAUGGCGACAAACUUAUCAACCUUACCACGCCGUAUAAUUCCUUGGAGGCUCUCGUGGUUCUACACGACUCCCUUGCCGCCUUCAGGGUCUAAACCCGCUAAUGUUCAUCUAUCUGCAUCGAGACCAGGCUUCGCGCUUCAAAUAUUAUACCAGCGAUAAUUAAAUAGGAAAGGACUUUUUCAGUUUUUUGAAAAUUACCCAUUCAGUUGCCGAGCUGCAGUUUGACUACUAUUUCUGUUAGUCUUAAGUAAUUAUUAUUUUCUCGGGCGUUUUUUAUAUUUUUGACGAUGGGGGUAGUAUUGUAUUUGCAGCACAGAAACCUGCGCCGACAAACAAUAAAAAUAAAUUCACGGAUAUCUGUAUGACGUUGCUCCCGUCUGUACGCCGUGACUUAAUUAAUGUUGCCACCUUUCUUGCAAAUACACCUAUCCUAACCAACAUUAUGUUGUGCCACGUGUUCGCAUUUCCAGCCAGUCUUAAUUUUCUUAAACUGGACGUUCAUCACAGUGAUGCAUUUGAGGCUCACGAUAGCUUGCGAUGACUGAGGCUCACGAUAGCUUUAUUGUGAUGACUGAAGCUCACGAUAGCUUGCGCAUGUAACGUUCCAGCAUGCAAUGUCUAUGCUGGACAAUUACAGUCGAAGUGUAGCAUAGCUGUGUCCUGGUGUUGUUGUCGACUCUCUGGACAUGACGUGGAGGCUCAUUUUCUGAAGAACAUUCAUUUCAAAAACAGUUUGGGCAUCGCUUAAUUUGUCUUGGUUCUUUCACACUAUGAAAUUAUGGAUUGAUUCAAGUGAGUGAGUAUUGCGGCGAGACUUGUCCCUGAAACAUUAUGUAUAUUGAUUUGUGAUGCAGCAAUAGGGCACCUCAUAGACUUGAUGUCAUGUUGUAACAUUGAUGUCAUGUUGAAUCAUGUACAAGCACCUCAUGUAAUUUCUAUCAACAUUGUAGAAUAUCCACUUCAGCCUUUACAUUUGCUUAACUUAAUGAUACUCCUGGUUAGGUAAAUUCAACAGGGAAGUCAUUGUGAUGGUUCUUUCGCAAAAAGGAUACUUGGGAAUGUGGUGUAACUAAAGGAAAGAUGUACGCGGAAUAUCCUUGUAAGAUUUACAAACCAAACGACUUUUUUUGUUGUGCUAGCCUACUCUUUCAGCGUGCUGAAAGAGGCGAUCUGGUGUUGUUCGGCUAAUCGCCAUUACUUGUUGGAAGCUUUACGAAGGUGGAUAGAGUCUGCAUAGUUCAUAGAUAUUUUUUUCCCCAACUAGCGGCUGCUAUGGGUAUUGCAAUCAAAAUACUUUCAUCAAAUCUUCCCUGUUUUCUUUUACUUUUGUAAAUAUUAGUUUUUUCUGCUGGUCGCUUUCACAAGUCUUUCAAGUGACGAUUAAGUUGUUACAACUUAUCUGGUCCCGUACAUAAUCGUUGUGUCUACGCUCGAGUGCAUUCGUCCUUUCGUUAUGCUGUUAAUAUUGAGGUUAAUAUAAAGAUAACUGUUAUUUAUCAUUUUUGACAAAUGGUUCUCCUUGGAACGCAAGGAACAACUAUAGCGUUAAAUCUGGAUUGAAUAUUUGUCAAAAAUAUCAGGUCUGGAGUUUUUUUUUUUUUUUUGACAGCAAUCACUCGAGCAAUCUUCAUGUUCUAGACUGACGUUUUGUCAGUCAGCUGCGUUGAUCCCUUCUUCAGUUUCUAGAUUCCGCUGCACCAUUCCAGGACUAUGUCGUUCAUUACAACCAUCGUUCAUGAAUAUCUAAGCGUUUUUUUAAAGUACAGUUUUUCCUAACACUAGAAUUCUAUCUCACGUUUACUAUGAUUGCCAAUGAUGUGGAAGUACGAGUAUGACAUGAAAUUUACGACUCGUGAGAUGGAUUUUCGAAUGUUGCCUCAGUUUUCAAGAUGUCUUUUCUUACAAGCUUUUCCUCAAGCAAGAUGGAGAACUUUGCCAAGAAUCUCUACUGAUGGCAGGUGGAAUUUAUGACUCGACUCGUAUCUAGCCAGCUCAAUUUCCCAUGCUAGUAUUUGCAUUUCAACUCGCAGUAUUUCUUUGGCUGCUUGCGACUUGGCUGUGAACGCAGCUUUGUCAACAGCUGAUAUUACUUAGCCAUUACUUUAUUUUUUUUUUUUGUUUAUUAAACGAAUGGCCGUGUUCAUAUUUCAUAAUUUUGUAUUUAUCCACAAUUUAACGAGUCCACUUUAUACUUCAUUGUAACUUCUAUUUUACAGUUUGUUCUAUUAAUAUUCGUUUUGUGCUGUUCAUUUAUCAACUCUCGUGAUCAAACUGACUUCCUGUGAAGUUUUUAGAAAGUUUAAUAUUCGUUUCAGUUUCACUAUGCUGUUAGACAGUGUUGAUUUAAACAACCUUUUGUGUAUUUUUUCAGUGAAAAUCGUAAACGAUUGUAGGCUUCCGCUCUUGCUUAUUUUUGGAACUCGACACAUUUUCUUGAUUGCUCACUUGUGCAUUUUAUGCAGCUUUAGGUUAGGAGGAAUCAUCAGCUCGCCACCAUACCGCCUCUUGAACAUUAUUUCAGCUAAUUGAUAAACGUUGCAAUGCGAUCUAAUGGCCCCGUGCGACCCUUGGAUCUUAUGCUUAAACUUGAUGUUGAUGAAUAUCCUCGAAAAAAUGCUGAAAUAUAUUUACGCAUGGAUAUAGGCAUUGUUAGUAAAGCUUAUAAAGAUUUCAGCCAAUUUUCGUUGGAAUGUUAUUGAUGUACAUUAAUUCCUCUAUCGUCUAAGUGGCGUUGUUUUGGCCUUCCAGAAUUCUCUCACUAGACUGUAUUCUUGACAAGUAUUUGAGGAGCUAAGGAGCUAGCUUCUAUGUUUGCAUUUGUAAAUAAGAGGAUUGUGAGUGUUUACUGCUACUGUCAUAGGAUAGCCAUUGCAAGAUUUCGUGCGAUCAGUUUCUUUCUAGGAAACGAUUAAAACUAAAUGAAAUGCAUAAA